AUGACGUCAUCCACCGCUGUCUUUUCAACACAACGGACACUUCCUGAGCGUCGUGGAACCGGGUUCGAAGAAGCAAGUGCACCGGAUGACUUUGAAACGCACCAAGCGAAGCGACGGUCAAGCGCUCGAGCAAAUCUGGACGAAGAGCGAAAGGGCAGUGACGAAGAUAACGAGGAUGCUACACCUCAAGUCUUUUGGCGAGCGAGUGUCAACGCAGUCGAAGGUACUGACUUGUCUGAGCCGACAACGUUUAAAGAUGCUGUUGAUGGACCGGAUCAAGUGCAUUGGCGUAAAGCUAUCUGUGCCGAUUUGGACUCGAUGAAACUUCGUGGCGUGCUUCGAGCGCCCAAACAGCCAGCUGGACAGCAUACCAUUGGCACCAAGUGGGUAUUCAAUAUCAAGCGGAUAGCUGAUGGAUCCAUCGAGAAAUACAAGGCGCGUCUCGUGGCAAAAGGGUUCAAGCAGAAAUAUGGCAUCGACUACACGGAGACGUUUUUCCGGUAG